GAAAUUUUUCAAUUUAGAUUAAAAUUUUUAUCGACUUUGAAACUUAUUUAUAAACAGUUGUUUUGAAAAAUGCUGUCCAAUUUUUUGAGUCUUUCAUUCAUAGAACUUUAGAAAAGUCAUUCCAGUGGAGCGCAAAGACUUUCAUGCAGUCGACAUCAGCAGAAAAAGCGAGAAUGUCUGCCAAGAAGGAAGAGCCACGCUAUUGUGUUUGUGUCGUCACAAGACACGUUUACAUGGGGCGAAGUUGAGGUAAAAGAUUGCAAACGAUUAUUCACUAGAACGUGCGAAAAAGUCAAGACAAGCGAGACAAAGAAAUACUGGACAAACAAAGGAAGGAAAUGAAAAGAUGAGACAACUUCCGAAAUUUUUGAAAAUUAAAUUUUUGGGAAGGUGGAAAAAGAGAGAUUCGAUGUUACAAGUAUUUUUAUUUGACAUAUUGAAAUUGAAAUAAGCAAAAUAAAUCGAGGAAGAAAUUGACCGUCAUCAUGAAGCUCCCAGUUUCUUGCACAUGGGUCCUGGUUCUGGUGGUCAUUGGUCCAGGUCGAGGCAUGGGAUUUUUUAGUGGGAAAGACGUAGUACGUGGAGAAAGCACAAUAAAAAUAGGAGUUAGUGAGAGAGGCACUUUAUCAAGAGGUUCUGGAAUUGGCUCUGGAAAAGGUGGAGUGGGAAGAGGUUCUGGUGUAAGGUUGGGUGAGGGUAGAGGUAAUAUUACUCGACAAAAAGCUGCAGCAUUUACCACUACAACCUCUACUACAACCACUACACCUCUGCCUCACUUUACUCAUGCUCCUCAGCUACCUACCUCAGGUGGUAGCAGUCAAAAUAUCUCUUACCUGAAGGUAGGAAUGGUGGUGCCAUUUAAGACUUUUGGGUUUCGAGAGUACAAAAAAGCUGCCUUGACUGCGAUCAGUGCACUGCAAAGAAGCACCCGAGGACCAAGAUUAGGACUGUUUGAUCGUUAUGAUAUCCACGUGGAUAUAACAAUGAAGGAGCUUACUCCAAGUCCAACUGCAAUUCUCAAAUCACUUUGUAACGAAUUUCUCACGGGAAAUGUUUCGGCAAUUCUUUACCUCAUGAAUUAUGAGACAUAUGGGCGGAGUACAGCAAGUGCUCAGUAUUUCUUACAGCUUGCUGGCUACUUGGGGAUUCCUGUGAUCGCCUGGAAUGCUGAUAAUUCUGGUUUGGAAAGGAGAGCUUCGCAGAGUAGUCUGCAAUUGCAGCUGGCGCCUUCUCUGGAACACCAAACUGCUGCUAUGUUGAGUAUUUUAGAACGAUAUAAAUGGCACCAGUUUAGCGUAGUGACUUCUCAAAUUGCUGGUCAUGACGACUUUAUUCAAGCAGUCAGAGAACGGAUAUCGGAUAUGCAAGAUACAUUUAAAUUUACUAUUUUGAAUACCAUUUUAGUAACAAAACCUACAGAUUUGUUGGAACUUGUAAAAAGUGAAUCAAGAGUUAUGUUACUUUAUGCUACAAGGGAAGAAGCUAUUCAUAUAUUAAGUGCAGCUAGAGAACUCAAGAUUACAGGAGAAAAUUACGUUUGGGUCGUUACUCAAAGUGUCAUUGAGACCAUGUUGCAGGUACCAAAUCAAUUUCCUGUUGGGAUGUUGGGAGUGCAUUUCGACACAACUAGUCCAAGCUUAGUGAAUGAAAUAGCAACAGCUAUUAAAGUUUAUGCCUACGGUGUUGAAGAUUUUGUAAAUGAUCCGAAAAAUGUCAAUCUUAGUUUGAAUUCCGCACUGAGUUGUGAAGGCCUAGGGGAAUCACGAUGGAAUACCGGAGACAGAUUUUUUAGGUACUUGAAAAAUGUUUCUGUUGAGGGCGAUCAAGGAAAACCAAACAUUGAAUUUACACAAGAUGGAGUUCUGAAAGCUGCUGAGUUGAAAAUAAUGAAUCUCAGACCUGGUACAAGCAAGCAAUUAAUUUGGGAGGAGAUUGGAGUUUGGAAAUCAUGGCAAAAGGAAGGAUUAGACAUAAAAGACAUUGUAUGGCCUGGAAAUUCUCAUACUCCACCACAAGGUGUUCCAGAGAAAUUUUAUUUAAAGAUAACAUUUUUGGAAGAGCCACCAUACAUUAAUCUCUCACCACCCGACCCUGUCAGUGGCAAAUGUUUGAUGGACCGUGGGGUACUUUGUCGUGUCGCCAAGGAGUCAGAAAUGGUUGAGAUGGAUAUUCAGUCAGCCCAGAGAAACGAGAGCUUCUAUCAAUGUUGUAGUGGAUUUUGUAUUGACUUGCUGCAGAAAUUUUCUGAAGAAAUCGGCUUUACAUAUGAGUUGGUGAGAGUUGAAGAUGAAAAAUGGGGAACUCUUGAGAAUGGCAAGUGGAAUGGACUGAUCGCAGAUUUGGUAAACCGAAAAACCGACAUGGUGCUUACAUCUCUGAUGAUAAAUUCUGAUAGAGAAGCAGUGGUUGAUUUCACCGUGCCUUACAUGGAAACUGGAAUUGCUAUCAUAGUAUCAAAGAGAACUGGAAUUAUUUCCCCGACGGCUUUUCUAGAGCCUUUUGAUGCGGCUUCAUGGAUGUUGGUGGGAAUUGUUGCAAUUCACGCUGCCACGUUUAUGAUUUUUCUCUUCGAGUGGUUAUCUCCGUCAGGUUUCAAUAUGAAGAAAAAUCCAGCUGGUAAUCACCGAUUCUCUCUGUCAAGAUCAUAUUGGUUAGUUUGGGCGGUAUUGUUUCAGGCUUCUGUACAUGUUGAUUCGCCUCGAGCGUUCACAGCUAGAUUUAUGACCAAUGUUUGGGCCAUGUUCGCUGUUGUCUUCCUUGCUAUAUACACUGCCAACUUGGCAGCUUUCAUGAUAACUCGAGAGGAGUUUCAUGAAUUUACUGGCUUAGACGACCCACGCUUGAUAAAGCCCUGGUCUCAUAAGCCAAUGUUCAAAUUUGGUACAAUACCAUGGAGCCAUACAGACAGCACUCUAUCCAAGUACUUUAAGGAGAUGUAUUCUUACAUGAAGAAUUUUAAUAAAAGUAAUGUAAAUCAAGGCAUUGAUGCUGUUAAAAGCGGAGAAUUGGAUGCUUUUUUUUAUGAUGGAACUGUUUUGGAUUACUUAGUAGCUCAAGACGAAGACUGUCGAUUAUUAACCGUAGGCUCUUGGUAUGCCAUGACUGGGUAUGGUUUAGCUUUCGCUAGAAACUCAAAAUAUGUGGAAAUGUUCAAUAAAAGGCUACUUGAUUACAGAGAAAAUGGUGAUCUGGAACGCCUAAGAAGAUAUUGGAUGACUGGAUCAUGUAAACCAGGAAAGGAAGUUCAAAAAAGCAGUGAUCCAUUGGCAUUGGAACAAUUUUUGAGUGUUUUCUAUUUGCUGAUGGUAGGAAUAUUAUUCGCAGGAGUAUUUCUUGCCUUAGAACACCUAUACUUUAAAUAUAUCAGACAACACUUACCAAAGAGCGAUCAAGGUGGUUGCUGUGCUUUGAUAAGUUUGAGUAUGGGUAAAUCGUUGACAUUCCGUGGAGCUGUUUUUGAAGCUCAGGACAUAAUACGUCAACAUCGAUGUCGAGAUCCAAUAUGUAAUACGCAUUUAUGGAAAGUUAAACAUGAAUUGGAUAUGGCUAAAGUGAGAAUAAGGCAGCUGGAAAAAGAUCUCGAGACUUCUGGCAUUAAACCAACACAUAGCAAGAAAUCCGAGAAAUUGGGGUGGUGGCGUGGAUGCCUUCAGGGUGAAUUACCAACACAUAUUGAUCACUUAACAGUAGAAGCGCCACAUCCCUUACCACCGUAUUUUGAUUCAUAUUUAGACGCAGUAGAAGUGUCAAGACCGGGGGAUAGGCGGAGUGUAGUUGCAAGUCAUGAGUAUGGUGGAGGAAUUGUGCCAGGAAAGAUUUAUAAGGUGCCAGACAGUGAAUCUUCACGAACGGAAAUUGCUGAGAUAGAAACAGUUCUGUGAUGCUAAAAAUUUUCGAGAAGGAAAAAAAAAAUUUUUAAACAAUGAAUUUUUCAAAUAAAUAAAACAAAAAUAAUAAUUGAGUAAAUAGCUAGAUAGAAUAUUAAACGAAUAAGUGAACAGUAUUACUACUAUUAUGAAUGAAUAAAAUUGAAAAACAAAUGUUCUGUAAGAUUGUCACCCGAAUUUCAAAUGAAAUAUUCAAAUAAUCUUGAACAGAAUAGGAUAUGGAACAACAGUUAUAAAUACAAAUCAAAUAGAUAUUUAAAACCAUCCAUUAAUCAAAUAAGAUAUUCAUGUCAAUACUCAGCAAAAAAUAGAUAAACUAAAAAGAUAUUAAAACAAUUGUACUUACUACUAUCACUACCAUUUUUAUUUUUGUCAGAAUCAAAUGAAAUGAAAAUUAGUAAAAAACAAAUCAUGAUAAUCAACAAAUGAACAGGAUUUUUGGAGUUCAAAAAAUUUAUAAUAAAAUAAAAAAAAAGAAUGGAGCGAAAGUAAAGUAUACGGGUGCUUAAUAAACCAAAGAAAUGAGUGAACAAAGGAAUUAAUAAUAGUAACUAAAAAAAUAUUCAUUGCCGUUAAAUUUUUACCCAUUAAUGAUAAGAAUAAAAUAUUAGAAAUUAUAUUGAACGAAAUAUAUGUUGGAGGAUGUUCUAGUGUACGUAAAUGGUCUAUAAUAUUGAAUUCAUAAACAUAAAUGAGUAAUAUUAUAUAAUAUAAAUAAAUAUAUGUGAAGGCACAAUAUAUAAAAAUUUAGAUAUAAAUAUAUCAAUAUUAUCAAAUAUUCUAAAAGAAAUAAUACAGUUUAAAAAACGUGUGACGUGCUCAA